UGCAAAGAGGUUGAGGUUAUGUCAAUGUUUGUGUUAGAAAAUACCACUUUCCGUAUUUUCGGUUUUCACUCUAUUGUGACUCUAUUUUUCUGUGUAUAAAUGAAAAUUUUAAUGUGUAUUCACCAAUAAUUGUGGGUGCGAUGUGUGAAGGGCACUAUUUUUGUUAAAUGUAAGUAAAGUAAAGUACACUAUGGAGAAGCAAAAUAUAAUAACGAAGUACAUACCCGCUGGCGUCAAUGUUGCUAACAGUAUUAGAGAAAUAGAACCAAAAAGUAAAAAAGGUAUACGCUUUGAUCAAAUACGUGAAAGCGAUAUUUGCUUCCCAGAAGAAGCUUGCAACACAAAACAGGAGAACUCUUCAAGCAAGGAAUUACAGGAAAUUAAAACCAAGUUGAGGGAUAAUCUUGAAGUUAGAAACAAAAGCAAAGAGCAACAGAAAUUGUCUCUGCGAAAAGUUAUUCAUAAAAAUAGUGGCCUUGCUAUUGACAAUUUAAACAUUACAGUAAAUGAAAAUGUUGUGUGUCCCCCAAAUAAAGAAUUACAGAAAAUUAAAACAAAAUUGACUGAUAAUCCCGAAGCACGAAACGAGCAACAGAAACAGUCUCUGCGCAAAGUUAUUCAUAAGAAUAGUGGCCUUACUAUUGACAAUUUCAACAUUACAGUGAAUGAAAAUGUUCUAUUUGGGAAGCUACCAAGUGAACCACAUGUGGAGGAAACAAAUGCAACGCCUGUUUCUUUUAAGGAUAUAAUAUGUGAAAGGCUUAGGAAAAGUAAAAAAACAAAACAAAAUAAAAUUGAAAAUAGUCCAAGUACCAUUUUUGAUAAAUUUAAGAAAAAUAAAGUAGAAAAACUAAAGGAAAUUGAAAAAACAAGUCCUGCUCUUAAAAAACAAAAGUGCGAGUGCAAUGACUGUGAUAAGUUUGUUACUUGUUCAUUUUGGUUACAAAACAAUGUUUCAUUUGACGAAGCAGACAAUACAAAUGUGACAAAAGGGUUACCUUUACUGAAGAGUCAGCCAACUGAAAAAGAAAUUGCAGUUCUCAAAACUUUCAAUAAAAUUAUACUUCAUGGGGUGGUCAUCCCAAAACCACUGUUUUCUUUGGAUGAAACAAACAUUGACGACAACAUUCAGAAAGCACUAGUAAGAAUAAAUUGCACGUCAUCUAAAGACAUCCAGUCUUACAUGUGGCCAGCCAUCCAAAGAGGCCUAAGCACUUUUAUGAUUGCUGCUCCCAAGUCAGGGAAAACUUUAGCAUAUUUGCCAGUAUUCUGCACAUUUGCAAUGGAAAAAAAUGACAGAUAUGCAGAACUGGCCAAAUAUGAAGGACCCCUGAUUAUCAUCUUAUGCCCAAACAGUAAAAAUUGUUUGGAUUUGCAUAAUUUGAUUUCGGCACUCAUCCUUGACUGCUGGGAUGCUCCUGUAGUUGAAGUUUUAACAGAAAAUUCUCCGGUUCAGAGCAAUUGUGAUAUAUUAGUAACAGUACCGUCAAUUUUGGAAGAGUGCCUCAAAGCAGGAAAAGUGAGUUUAAAGCGACUGUGUCAUCUUGCAAUAGAGGAUGGAUAUUUUCUUCUAAAAAACCACAACCAGAGUAUGGAAAAGUUACUUAAAAUUAUAAAUAUUGCACAAACAAACAGGCCACAUAGGAAAAAUGUUCAAAUUGUUGUAAGUUCAGAGAAGUGGUCAGCUGAUCUUGAAUUGCUGUUAAAGAAGUUAUAUAUAACACCAAUUGUCUGCUUUGAAGAUUUUCUCGAGGCGGCUGUUUAUUCUAAAGUGGAAUUCAAAAAGAAGAAAUUAAAGUCUUUGCAUAAACUCUUUUAUUUAGAUGAUGUGCUCAAAUUGCACUACAUGACCCAGAAAGCUGUUGUUUUUUGUGAAGAGGAGGAAAUUUCAAAUAUCAAAGAGCACCUUGAAAUUAACGGCGUGGAGUGUAUCAUGAUUUCUAAUGAUCUAAUUGAAGACGAAAUUUUUGAAAAUGAAGACAUGUGGCGGUCUUUGCUUAAAGGACAAUAUAAAGUUUUCUUGUGUACCGAUGCCCUAUUUGAGAAAACAGCACGUGUAUUAAACGCCAAUUGGGUGAUUCAUUAUAGUCUCCCAUCAAAUUGGGCGCAAUUCCAAAAACGUUUUAGAUGUUUGGUUGAAAAUUUGUGUUCACCGUUUGAUGUCAGGGAUAAUAUCUAUAAAACCAAUGAUAAAUGCAGUUUUCUCCUCAUAGAUGAAGCUUGUGAUAAUCAGAUAUUUCUAGACUUCUUCGAAGUGUUGACCCGUAAUUUAGUGACGCAUUUACAGUUGAAGUAAACUGUUCUUUUAAUAUUUGGAGAAAGAACCUGUUUUAUAAUGCAAUAUUUUACCAUUAUAUUGUGAUAUGAUUUUUUAAGUUAUUUUUUUAAGGCAAGGUUAAAGGGAUUUUCUUUUAUGUCUACCAAAGGGCCAAAACAAAAUUUAUUACAAAAUCUAUUACUUUUCAAAUUACGCCUGCCUGAAUAAACACAUGUUUGUAAAAAAAUAGCAUAAAAGCAUAAAAGUUUCAAAAAUAUCGAGAAUGAGAAAAGCAUUCGGCCAAUCGUUAGGCAUUUUUUUUUGCUAAACUGCUUGAUAAUUUUACUGUUUUUCUACCUAUUACUAUAUUAAACACAUUUGUUAAAAGAAACUCUUCCUACUCUCUAAGCCGUGUGAUUUACGGCCUUACAGAUACCUCGAAAAUUCGUUUUAACCUGGUCUUAAUAAUUGGAGGAAGAAUCUGUUUUAUAAACCAACAUUUUACAUGUUACCAUUAUAAACUGUGAUUUUUUUUAAAUUCAUAGUUUUAGGUUAGGUUUACAAAUUAAUUGAUUUUUUGACGUGAAAUUAUGAGUUCAAUUCUGAAUCAAAGUUGUAAUCCGCUUUCCAUAAAUAGGUUUUUGACAAAGUUUUACUUGUUUUUAUUGUAUUUUUAGUUGUACUCUUACAAAUCUUAGAUUACUCCAUAAAAAUAUAUUUAAAAAAUUUGAUUUUAAUUAAGCAUGCAUAAACUAUAGCUCCACACCCAUCAACUGCUUUUUUAAAGCAAGUCGUUCGCUCCG